AUGCGGUCCGCAGGGACGCAACCGCUCGCGGCGGGGGCGCAACCCCUCUCGGCGGUUUCACCAAACGCGGCGGCCGGCGUGAGUGCCGCACAUUUGGCGAGGCAGAUGGCGGAUCUGACGCAGCGUCUUGCGGGGAUCAACGGGAACGUCAACGCGCUCGCGGGGAUGGUGAACGUUGUUGCUAGCGGGGUUGCUAAUGGCGUGAACGGGGUUCUCGGCGGCGGUGUGGACGGCAGCGUGGUGGCGAAUCUCGCGAAUCUUCUGCCCCAGCAGGCGGGCAUGCUGCGUGCCGUGCUGACGUCAUGCAACGGCCUGCUGUCUCUCCAGGCCGGCGCUGCUGACAUUCAGAUCCUCAAGAUCAAGCCAAUGCUGGUUCAAACCUCCUUAUCUCAUUCUUUCUUUCUCCCAUUCAUCCUCUCUGCUGCCUGUUGCUUCGUCUCGUGCAGUGGCUCGGACUAUCUGGUGACAUACUACCUGUACGUAGCAGGAGUGACCAAGGCCCCAGACUCGCAGGCCAUAUUCAAGGGUAACCCUUGCAACACUGCUGCCACUGUGCCCCUCGCCCUGCCUGGCACGUGGGUGCCCAUGAGCCCUGUGUCCUGGUCGCUGGCCAAUGUCAUGAGGGCAUCUGCUGCUGACGUGGCGGAUCUGUUGGCAUCUCUUCAAACGGUCACCAAUGAUAGGCUAUAUCUGGGCUUCUUUGGGGCUGAUGGAGCUCUCUCAGGGAAAAUGAUUGGGGGAAACUUCUGA